UUAUAAUUUUAGGUGGGAGUUUUGAGUGAUGUCGAAAUUGAUCAUAAUUAUACUUGGAUAGUUAUGAUGCAUUACAAUAUUUGAAGUUCAAUUUUGGGAUUAUCAGAGCUACAAAUUAGCACAAAAGUCACAAACAAAGAUUGGUUGUUAGGGGUCUGCAGGCUUUUUGUACCAUUUUAUUUCGGAGUUCCAGCAUGAAGUACUCGUGAAGCUGACAGUGCUGCGAAUGGUUCAAAAGCAGCAUGGGGAACUUAUACAUGGGCUGAUCGGCCGGCUUCGGUCCAAUGCUGCCAAAGGAAAUGCACCUUUAGUUUCCAGCCCGUUCUCGGAGUACGAGUCACUGAAACAGUUCGAUAACAAGUUGACUGGCCAGAUGAAAGAUGUGCUUGUGGAAGAGCUUGCCAACAAAGGUGGAAUCAAUGCUGCUGCGUGCACAAAAAGAAUUCUUUGCUACCUGCUCUGUGACAAUCUUGCAGCGGAAUUCUCAUGGCUUGGAAAAAAAGGAAAGCGUAGAUUCAGCGAGCUCCGUCUUGCCUCUUGCAUAAUAAGAUCAAGUGGUUGUGAUGAGUAGCCGUGCAGCAGGAUGAAGCCUUAAAGGGGAACUUCGUUGAAGACUUUUGUUCAGCAAUUUUUCAUUCACAUCACUUCGAAGCGUUCAAGGCGAACUUCAUUGAAGACUUUUGUUCAGUAAUUUUUCAUUCACAUAACUUUGAAGCUUUCAAGGCGAACUUUGUUGAAGACUUCUGUUCAGUAAUA